AUGAUUCAAUCCGAGAAGACCAGCUUAUGUGCUCUUCACGCUCUCAUGUUGAACCUACUCAAGCUUCUCGUCGUUGCACCAGCUCUGGUAGUCGCUACUGACUUCCCAGUCAUCAAGACAAACUAUGGCGCCGUCCAAGGUCAAGCAUCACCCUUCCGGCCAAAUGUUACUGUCUACAAGGGAAUUCCAUUUGCUGCUCCACCAACUGGAUCAAAGAGAUGGACUCCUCCCACGAAGCCCUCCUCUUGGAAUGGGACACUGAAUGCAACAAAAUUCAGCCCCCAGUGUGCCCAACCCUACUCUCCAGCCGGUAUCUUCUCUAGCGGCAAGAACUCUACUAGUGAAGAUUGCUUGUACCUGAACAUCUGGAGCCCCACCUACGACACCACCUCUCUCAGCCAAAUCCAGGCCAAGAAGCUGCCUGUUUACGUGUGGAUUUUUGGCGGUCGAUUCGAGGGUGGUUCAGGCGAUGUGAUUACGUAUGACGGUACCGGUCUUGCUUCCAAGGAUGUUAUCGUCGUCACAAUCAACUACCGUCUCGGUGCUUUCGGUUUCCUUGCUCAUCCGGAGCUCUCGGCUGAGUCUGGACACAACAGCUCCGGAAACUAUGGUAUCUUGGAUCAGCUGUUUGCGCUCCAGUGGGUCCAGGAGAAUAUUGGGUACUUUGGUGGAAAUUCCAGCCAGGUUGUUGUUGGUGGCCAGUCUGCUGGAUCGGCGAGUGCCCUCGACAUGAUGUGGAGUCCUCUUAGCAGUGGACUUAUCAAUGGUGUUAUUUCGGAGAGUGGUGCUCGCGGUCCGCGCGAUCCAGCUACUGGAAGUGUGGCUACGAGUUACAAUACCAAAGAUGUGGCUGAGAAUUUCGGUGUUGAGUUCUUGAGCACUAUGAACGUCUCUUCUAUUGCUGAAUUGCGGGCUCUUCCUAUGGCGGAUUUGAUCGCUGAAGGCCAGUUGACGCAGGCUGACUUCUAUGAUGGAACUACCUUUGUGGACCUGUACUCUGGACCCCCUCGCUGGCGUCCUGUUAUUGAUGGCUACGUACUCCGUCACGGUUAUGGAAAAUCCUUGUCUUUGAAUGCCCAUGCGGAUGUGCCUAUUCUGACAGGAAACAACAAGGAUGAGAACAAUGGAGGUGCCUCGACUGCCUCUGAGUAUAAGACUUUGUUCACAGAGGUCUUCCAGAAUUACUCAUCAGAAUUCUUCUCUCUCUACCCUGCCGACAGUAAUACUGCAGCUGUCGACAUGAGUGACGAGGUACUCCGAGAUAUUGCCCGUGUCGGAACAUGGGAAUGGGCUGCUGAUUGGGCUGCUGGUGGUGCAAAAAGCGAUGUGUUCGUGUACUACUUUACGAAAGCGCCUGCUGAGGAUGAGUCCGCGGGUGCUUACCACGGUGCUGAACUCUGGUACACAUUCAACAACAUUCCGUACUCGGACUAUUCGAAUGUGACCUGGAAUGCCACCGACUAUGAAAUUGAACAGAUCAUCUCGGACUACUGGGUUAACUUCAUCCGCACCGGCAAUCCUAAUGGCGAGGGGCUGACGUACUUCCCCCCGUCGACUGCUGCUAACAAGUCUACGAUGUGGCUGGGUGAAUCUUUCGGGGCUGGACCCAUUGCGGCUUCAACCGAGAGAGUGAGCUUCUUGCGACGAUGGAUGUCUCAUCUUCACGAGUAUUAG